AUGUAUCAGUCACAGAUCACAUUUACUUUGGAUACGGUUUGUCCCUGGACCUACAUUGCUAAGAAGAGAUUGGCGGAGGCUCUCGACCAAGUCGCAGCUAGCCCCAAUGGCAAAGAUGUUUCCUUCACCUUGGUCUUCCGUCCGUACCAGCUCUACCCGGACUUCCCUUCAGAGCCGCAGGACAAGCGGCACUGGUACACAACAGCAAAGCAUGAUGCCUCUGAUCAAAAGCAAGAAGUUUUCGAAGCAACAAUGGGGGCCCUCGGAUCUGCAGCCGGCAUCAACUUUUCCUUUGGGGGCACCAUGUCCAACACGCUUCCAUCGCAUCGAAUCAUCCAGCACUUUCAGGAAGCCAAGAAUGCAGAGACUGCAAAUCGACUAGUUGACGCGUUGUAUAGUCGCUACUUCGAACGCGAGCAAGAUCAAAACUCCAAGGACGUGCUGAUUGAGGCGUGUGUCGAGGCCGGUAUCCCGGAGACGGAGGCGAAGGCGGUUGUGGACGAUGAAAGUGAAGGGAAGAUGGAAACGAGAAACAUGAUCCGGAUGGCCGCCAUGGAUGGCGUUGAUUCGGUACCGUAUAUCAUGUUUGAGGGCCGUCGGAGGGAUCUCACUCUCAUCGGGGCCAAGGAGGUUGAUGAGUAUGUCAAGGCUUUGCAGACCAUCAUCAAAGAGAGCAAGUAA